AUGCAUCAAAGGGUUACAGAGUUGAACCUAGCAGGAUAUCAGUUACAUGGAUCUUUAUCUCCCUAUCUUGGUAAUCUCACUUUUCUGAUAAAUCUCAACCUUCAAAACAAUAGUUUUUCUGGAGAAAUUCCACAGGAGUUCGGUCAGUUGCUACAACUGCAACAACUUUAUCUCCUUAAUAACUCGUUUACAGGAGAAAUUCCUAUAAACUUGACGUAUUGCUCCAAUCUCAUAGACUUGAUUUUGGGAGGGAACAAAUUGACAGGGAAAAUACUAAUUGAAAUUGGCUCUUUGAAAAACCUUCAUUCAUUCGCCCUUUUCGGUAACAAUUUAAAUGGAGGGAUCCCUUCAUCCUUCAGGAAUCUUUCAUCCUUCAGGAAUCUUUCAUCCUUAAUGCGUUUUACGUGUGCUUCUAACAAAUUAGGAGGAGAUAUUCCACAAGAAAUAUGUCGCCUCAAAAACUUGACAUUUUUAUCUUUUGGCGAGAACAAUUUGUCUGGUACAAUCCCUGUUUCGAUUGCAAAUGCUUCUGUCAUACAAUUACUAGACAUAGGAACAAACAAAUUGGUUGGACAAGUUCCAAGUCUAGGGAAUUUACAACAUCUUGGCUUGCUAAAUUUGGAAGAAAACAAUUUAGGUGACAAUUCCACAAUGGAUUUAGAGUUUUUAAAAUAUUUGACAAAUUGCAGCAAACAACAUGCGCUUUCCAUAGCUGUUAAUAAUUUUGGAGGUCAUUUGCCAAAUUCCAUAGGAAAUUUCUCCACUAAACUUGAAAAACUAUACCUUGAGAGUAAUCAGAUAUCUGGAAAAAUUCCAGUAGAAUUAGGACGUCUAGUCGGCUUAACUGUUUUGUCCAUGCCACUUAACCAAUUUGAUGGAAUUGUUCCAUCUACUUUUAGGAACAUCCAAAAUAUACAAAUUUUGGAUCUAAGCAAAAACAAGUUGUCAGGAUAUAUACCACCCUUCAUAGGCAAUCUCAGUCAAUUGUUUACAUUGGCUUUAACUGGUAAUAUGUUUCACGGAAAUAUUCCUCCUAGCAUAGGAAACUGUCAAAAGUUACAAUAUCUCGAUCUUUCUGAUAACAAGCUUAGCGGAACCAUACCUGUAGAGAAUCAUCUAUCUGGUGAUAUUCCUAAAACAAUUGGUGAAUGCACAACCUUAGAAUACCUUCAAUUGCAAGGGAACUCCUUCAGCGGAACAAUACCAUCCUCUAUGGCUUCUCUCAAAGGUCUUCAAAGUUUAGACCUUUCAAGAAAUCAAUUGUCUGGAUCAAUUCCUGAUGUUAUGCAAAAUAUAUCUGUUUAA